GUUCUCUAUGGAAGAGACCAGGAAGAACACGGCGUCCUGUCGACGGCCGGAUUUUGAUUGGGAUACGAUCGAAAAGGAGGCGAAUGUAGAUGGGGAGCUGGAUCCCCUUCGUGAAGUCUGGAGAUCAAUCAACCUCCUCUCCAGUAAAGAAAACUCCGGAAAGAAUAGGUUCUUGGAGUUAUCCAGAUCCAACGGAAAAUAUUGGGGAUAUACCCAGAUCCGUCUGGGAGAUUACUUCGGCAAUAAUAAACAGGAGAUAAUUCCUGGCGUAGAGUCCUGUACUCAAACAAUUCAUUGUCUCGCCCCGAAGUGGGUGUAUUUAACUUCGUUGCCUGGCGAACAGAAAGAGCAUCCCACUCGAUAUUUCUGUACUGCUUUGGAGACGGAAGAAGGUUUUUCUCGAUUCCCAAACUUGAGAGCUGCGCGGAAAUAGAGCUAACAUGGCGGAUGAGCCAAUGAACCCGGAUCAGGUGGUUGAAUUCGAGCUGGAAGAUGUGGAGGAGAGUAUGCAGAGGGCUCAACUGAGCUUGGUUGGGCGGCUGUUCAUGGAUAACCCCCCCAGCCUCAAAACCAUUCAAAAAAUCGUGUAUGGGGAAUGGGGCUGCUCGGGGAAGGUGACUGUUAUGGAAGCGGAAUUGGGGCUCCUCCAAUUCCUGUUCGAGGAUGUUUGAGACAAGGAUUGGGUCCUCCAGAGGACUCCGUGGCAGGUGAAAGAUAGGAUUCUGCACUUGCAGAAUUGGGAACCGAUCACACCUUCAGUGGUGGAAGCGCUGGGCAGAGUUCCCUUUUGGGUACAGAUGUGGGGGAUCCCCUCACACUGCAGGACAGUCGCGUUCGGGAGAAGAAUGGCGGAGAGUAAGCUGGGCGCUGUUUGUGAUGCUG